UCUUGCUUCCUUGAACGGCAAGCUCAAACAAGGCAAGGUCGACAUUUCAAGUUGUAAGCACAAAGCCUUUUCAGCGUAAAAAUGACAACAUGUGAUGCACUCCGAAGAUGGUUCAGAUGGCGUGAACGACUGGUCAUAUUCACUUAUGGUCUGCUUUUCAGCAAGGGAAUGAUGAGUUAUGUGCUGGCAAAUCUUAUGACAUUCCUCACAGAUCUCUGGAAAUUGAAACUAAAAGAAGCUGCAGCAAUCGUCAAUCUUCAAGAAGGUCUAAGGAAUAUGUUGCAGAUAUGCGUUGCUCUCUGCAUAGAUGCUUGCCUUGGUUAUCGAUGGAUGUUGAUUCUAUCUAGUGUUUUAUAUUCUACUGGACUUGGCCUUUUAGCAUACUCAGUGCCUCCAUACUUUAACAAGUUGAAACAUUCACCUUUCUGGGAAGGAUUAGCUCUUGUGAUUGUUGGUGGAGCUGCACAAGUUAUUCCCCUUUACUCCCUUUCUGUUGAACAAACCAAGGUUGUAAGAGUUCCAGAACACUGUGAAGCAACAAGACUAAAAGUCGCCUGUUGCUUGCGCAAGGUACGAAUAGGAGGCUGGCGGCAGAUGCAGCAGAGAAUAAUCAGAUGGUUUGGCAUCGGAUUCAUGAUGCUGGGAGCCAUAACAUCAGUUUAUGGUUUCAUCUAUCUUGAAGAUGAAUGGCAUCAACGUUUUUUGAGAUCUGCCAUUGCCAUAGUAACGGGUUUACUUUGGUUUCUUUGUGGUUUCCCCUUCUACGGCCCCCGUCGACUGCAGCCGAGUCCUCUUUCAACUAUGCUACGUACCUUGAUUGCCGCGGCGCGGAAGAGGCAUCUCAAUUACCGAGGAAAUUUGGAACAACUUCAUCGUGAUGAUGGGAAAGAAAAUCCACUCCUUACAGACCAUCUUGAGUGGCUCAACAAGGCUGCAGUAAAAGAGUCAUCGGCUGAUGAUAAUCUAACGCCGGAAGAAAAGAGAUGGAGACUCUGCACGGUGAAGGAAGUAGAGCAAACAAAACUUCUGUUAAAUAUUAUUCCAAUGUCUGCAACUUUCAUCGUGUACGGCAUGGUGAAAUCUCUUGGCAAUACCUUCUUCAUUGAGCAGGUAAGCAGCAUGAGCGGUGAUAUCUCAAGCGUAUUUUUUCAGAUGAUCCAAUGGUUUUCUCAAAUUUCAAUCAAAAGAGGGUAUAAAAUUGUGUUUGAAAAACGAAUAGAAAGAAUAAAGGGACGCUACUCUGAUGGAGUGAAGAUUGGCAUAGGUAUGCUGUCUUCUGUAAUAUGUUGCGCUGUUGCAUCAUCAAUUGAGUCUAAAAGGUUACAAGCUUUGAGUAAAGAGGGCCGGUCAAAUGAUCCGGAUGCUACUGCCCCCAUUACAGCAUUUUGGUUGGUUCUGCAGUUUUCUUUCCUGGGUGCAAUGGAAGGAUUAGCUGGUGAUGGCAUCCAAGAUUUCUUUGGUCAUUAUGCUCCAGAUUCAAGGAGAUAUGGACCUGUAUUUACUAGCUCACUCACCGGGUUUGGAACAGUACUUAACAUAGGAUUCAUAGCUUUUCUAGAUUAUUACAGCACAUCCAGAGACACAGAGAUUUGGCUCGGUGAUAGUAUAAACCAAAGUCGGUUGGAUUUAAUCUAUCGCGCAUAUGCUAUGGUGGCCCUGCUCAACUGCUUUAUCUAUGCUUAUGUCUCCUAUCAGUAUUCUUAUGAUAAUAUCAUAGGAAGACCAGAAGAAGAAAAAGAAAUACCAUUCUUGGAAGUGAAAGAAGAAGAAACAGCAGAAGGAGACCAACAGAACAACCAAGAGCAAGAUGUUGAGUUGCAAAGAAUUCCUGUGCGUUAGCCUACUGAUUUAUCAAGAAAUAAUUCAGUUUUCUAAGUGCCUAUAUAUGUACAUAUGCUAAGGAUUUUACGUGUAUUGUUUAGAGAGGUAUAUGUAGCGAAAAAGUAAAGAGACUGUGAGAGGGUACUGUAGGGUGUUUUGGUCUGUGAAUAUGAGAUAAUGAAAGAAAGAAUUUGUAAGUCUACUCUUUCACCUCGAAAAUUUGUUAGUGGAAAGGCUUUGAGAGUUUUUUGACAAAGAAAAAAGCUCUUGUGUUCAUGUGUU